AUGAAAGAGACAAUUUCCAUGGAUAAUGAAGAUGCCCAAAAACGUCUGCUAGUAAAGUGUGAGGACGACGAUGAAGGUGAUAUGCACCCGCACUGCGUUCACGGGCCAACUAUAUUAUUUUACCAUGCCGACAAGGGACCAGAACAUGGUUAUUACGGAUGCUCCGCUUAUCGCGAUAAAAAGCUUUGCCCUUACUAUGUAUCUGUGGCAGAUUUGAAUGUGAAACAUUUUCGGCGACAAUAUGAUACGUCCACAGUGGUAUAUCGGGACAUGAGGAAAAGGGUAUGUAAACAUGCUUUUUUUGAGGAUGCAGGAGAUAAUCCAAAGAAACACUAUUGCUUGACGUGCAACAAGCCGUUGGUUAGCGACGACCUGGACCAACAUUCAAGCCACAAUGUAAAACAGAAUUUGUCGAGACGUUUUCUUCAGGAUCCCACUUUAUUUCUGCCGCCAUUGAAUAAUGACAAGGCCCAGGCUCAAUAUUUCUUUGACGACAAGUCACUACAGUUUUUUGAGAAUUCUUUACGUAACUUGAAGAUUAGUAAAGUCAUUUGCAUGGGAGCGCCUCGUCUACAUUGCUAUUUGUCCUCCAAACCAUGCAAUCCAAUCAAAAGCUAUUUAUUAGACAUUGACCAUCGCUUCGUUUUCUUCUACGAUGACACACGAUUUGCAUGGUUCAACAUGUGCAACAAUCACUUUUUCGAUGAUCUACAAAAGCAGGAGUUUUAUAAAUUUCUCAAGUGCCAGAGUAACGACGAAAGACUUCUAAUAUUUACGGAUCCUCCAUUCGGUUGCCGCACCGAAUUAAUAGGAAACACUCUACAGAAAAUGACACGACUUUACAGUAAAAUCAAUCAGCUACCAUACCAACCACUGCCCAUAUUCUGGGUAUUUCCAUAUUUCCUAGGACAGUAUGUACAAAAAGUUGUGCCCUCACUACAGAUGUCGGACUACAAAAUCAACUACACCAAUCAUGAUUCAUACACGGACAUUGGCAAAUUGGCACGCAAACAAGGCUCUCCUGUGCGUCUGUUUACCAACGUACCUCUGGAAAUAUUAAAACUACCGGUCAACGAACAAUAUAAAUAUUGCUCCAAAUGUCAGAAAUACACGGCUUUGGAAAACCGCCAUUGUGACAUGUGCCGAUGUUGUCCCUCCAAGAAUGGAUCCACAUACAGGCAUUGUCAUCAAUGCGGAUUGUGUGUAAAACCUUCGUAUGUCCACUGUCGAAAUUGUCGUCGGUGUACACAAAAGGAAGGUCACAACUGCACCGAAUAUCAGAAAUACCAAACGUGCUAUAUAUGCCGAACUGUUGGUCAUACGGAAGAGAAAUGUGACUUUUGGAAGAAGAAGGCCAUACAUCGAAUAUUUCCAUUGACUGCAAGUGGAAAUGUCAAUGCAAAGAAUGAUGUUAUUAUUUGUAUUUUAUGUAAUAAAAGUGGCCACAAUGAAAUGAACUGUGACAUGCGUGCCGAGUAUUUAAAGGAAUAUACAUUUAUGGGCGAAACUCAACUGUGUGAAAAUGUAGAGCGGCGAACAUCACCAUCGUUAUCUUCAUGGAAAUCUAAAGAAUUUUGA